GGCAGCGCCCCGGCCACGGGGCUGCCCGGGCGGGGAUGUGAAUGGCGCUGAGGGUGCUCGGCGGGACCGACAUGGAGUGGGAGAAGCUGCCGCGGCGUCCCGGGGAGGGCGAAGCACCCGGGGAAGCGGCGGGGCCGUGGCCGGGCUGCGGGCGGCUGCGGCCCUCCUCGUACCGGGCGCUGCGCAGCGCCGUCUCCACCCUGGCGCGCAUCGACGACUUCUACUGCGAGAAGAUCGGCGCCGGCUUCUUCUCCGAGGUCUUCAAGGUGCGGCACCGCCAGUCAGGGCAGAUCAUGGUGCUGAAGAUGAACAAGCUGACCAGCAACCGGGCCAACAUGCUGCGGGAGGUGCAGCUGAUGAAUCGCCUCUCACACCCCAACAUCCUCAGGUUCAUGGGGGUGUGUGUACACCAAGGACAGCUGCAUGCACUGACAGAGUACAUCAACGGUGGGAACCUGGAGCAGCUGCUGGACAGCCCUGUGCCCCUGUCCUGGUCCAUGCGUGUCAAGCUGGCCCUCGACAUUGCCCGUGGCCUGCGCUACCUGCACUCCAAGGGCAUCUUCCACCGUGACCUCACCUCCAAGAACUGCCUGGUGCGCUGCGAGGCCAAUGGCUACACGGCUGUAGUGGGUGACUUCGGCUUAGCAGAGAAGAUUCCCACCUACAGCGAGGGUUGUGAGAAGGAGCCACUGGCCGUGGUGGGCUCCCCGUACUGGAUGGCUCCUGAGGUGCUGCGAGGGGAGAUCUACAACGAGAAGGCCGAUGUGUUCGCGUACGGCAUCAUCCUCUGCGAGACCAUCGCCCGCGUCCCCGCUGACCCCGACUACCUGCCCCGCACUGAGGAUUUUGGCCUGGACAUCACCACGUUCCGCACCAUGGUGGGAAUUGACUGCCCGGCAGCCUUCCUCCAGCUCACUUUCCACUGCUGCAGUAUGGAGCCCACCUCCCGCCCCUCGUUCCUGGAAAUCACGCAGUGCCUGGAGGUUGUCCUGCAGCACCAGCUGGGCUUGGAGGGCACCGGGACCACCCCCUUCAGCACUGGGGAGAGCCUGCCCACGCCUGGCACAGCAGCUGCACUCAAUGGAGUAGCCGGGAGGGCAGCCGGAUGCACCAAGCAGUCCCCCCUUCGCGAGCUGGGGACGCAGCACCUGCAGCCAGACCAGCGCCUGUCCCGCAGCCAGUCUGACAUGUUCCCCCCCAAAUCCCCUUCCCUGCUGCGGCCACCGGAGCCUUACAGUGGGGCCAGGACCAAGGAGACAUCCCCCCGCGUCAACCCCUUCUCCCAGCGCGAGGACCUGAAGGGGGGGAAGAUCAAGCUCUUCGACACGCCGAGCAAGUCGGUCAUCUCGCUCACCUUCGACCUGCCACCUCCCGCCCCACUCCAGCUCAGCACCCCCGUGACACCCGAGCCUGCCGUGGAGGUGCAGUGUGACUUCUCAUCCCCCACUGCCACCCCCCGUAGAUGCCACUCACUGCCCUCCUCCCCCGAGCUGCCACGCCGGGAGGGCCCGGCGCUGGGCGUGGAUUUUUGCCACCUCAACAACAGCCCCCAGCCCCCUGCCCUCCUUCCUCCUCCAGCUCGGGGGCGAGCCUCCCCCUCCAGCCCCAGGGCAGAGGAGUGGAUGGACUGCGGUUCCGACAGCCUCGAGCCACCGCAGCCCCCCCCCAACAACAACUUCAUCCGCACAGCAUCCUCGGGUGCCCAACCCUGGCAGCCGGAUCCAGGAGCCCCCAACGGGCUCCUCUUCAACAACAACCACGUGGUGGUCAGCAAACCCCUGGCCUGGGGCAGCGGGCUGGAGCACGGCUUCUCCGAGCUGAGCAUCUCCUGUGCGGCUGCGCUGGAGCGGACGGAGCGCUCUGCCAUGCUGCCCGGGCACAGCUCUGGUGUGGUGCUGGAGCAGGAUGAGGUGCUGCCCUGCCCCGGCUGCUGCUUGGGGCCCUUCAGCUUUACCUCCUUCUGCCACCGGCCAGCACCCAGCCCACCUCGCUACCAGAACCUCAACUGCGAGCCCAAGAGCCUCCUCUGUCACGACCAGGGACGCCACCAGAAAGUCCCGGGGCCAGUGCUGGCGGAGCCCAGCCUGAAGCUGCCGGAGGCACAGUCCUAGUGCCAGGGAUCCCUGGGGAGCAGGGCUCUGUCCGGCUGCCCCUCAGACCCCCCCUGAGGUGGUGCAGGGGCCCGGUGCAUUCCCACCUCCUCACUUGAUCUGUUCCUGGUGGCUGUGGUGCCGUGGCUGCUACAGAGCUUCCCAGGCACUCAGGCACCCAUCCCACUAGGAUCAGCCUUGGGGAUCUGCGGGGAGCCCCAGGGGUGGGCUGGGUCCCUGCCAGGGACUGAAGUGCAAUAACACCCCUGCCCCGAGCAGGCUCCAGCACUGCCCCAUGUGGCAGGGCUGGUCCCCUGUGGGGUCCCUGGAGCUCAAACCCUGGACAUAGGACUCUCCUUCCAGGAGCUCACUGAGCCUGCACCCCCAGGAGAACCAAGAGCCCCCCCUGCAGCCUCCCAGGCUGGGGGGGUGAGCGGGGCUGGGCAGAGGGGGUCAGCAUGUGUUUGUGAGUGUUUGGGGAUACUGUGGGGCUGGUGGGUGUACCUGUGCUUCCCCACAAACGGGGAGCACAGCCUAUCCACAGUGGGGAGGGGUAUGCAGGGGGCCAGGAGAAGGGCGAUGCCCAUGGGGCAGUGCAUGGGAAGGAUUGCCAGCACUGGGGUUGCCUCUGGCCACCCAAAGCUGAGGGUUGGGUGCUGAGCCGGCACAGCACCCUGCAUCCCCCUGGUACACAGGGCUGUGGUGCCAUCCUGGCACAGGGGAUAAGGGGCUGGUGGGCAGCUUGGCCAGGCUGCCCUGCCCCUGGCAAGGGUGGGAGCCGGCUUUCCUCCCUCCUGCACAAUGCACUGGUGAAUGCAGAACUAUUGUGGUUGUUUUUUUUUUAAUAUUAAUAAUAAUAAUAAUAAUUGCUAGUAAUAUAUACCCAGCUUAUUUAAAGUGUUCAAUAAAAACUGA